AUGUUUUUGAGAAGAAAUUGCUCUGAUGAUGAUAGUUUCCUGCAGGAAAGCAAGCAUCUGAGUUCAAUAUUCUUCGACAGGGGCUAUGAUCCAGGUAUAAUUCAAAGAGCAUUUAAUGAUGUAAAGUCACAAGAUAGGUCUGCACUUUUGGAUGACAAACCCAAAAGUGAAGAGAGCAAAGAUAAACCUACCUUUGUCACUACCUACAGCUCCCAAUACUAUGCAGUUUGCAAUAUAAUACAUAUGAAUCUUCCCUUCUUACUAGCAGAUGAUGACCUCAAGGAUGAGGUCAAGAAUGGUUGCUUCUGCGUAUCACACAGAAAUGUACGAGUAAAAGUGUGGAUUUGUGUUAAUGGAGCUUUCCCCACAUUUAGUGAUCACCAGAAAGGUGUAUCAGCGUCCUAUAGAAUGGCUCAGAAUGACUCUGCAAGGAUACAGAAGUACAGGGCUGUCAUUGAGAAAGUGGCAGAGGAGAGAGACAUUGAUCCAGCUGUAAUUGCUGGCAUUAUAUCCAGGGAAUCACGUGCUGGAGCUGCUCUUAGGAAUGACUGGGGAGAUCAUGAGAAUGCGUUUGGUCUGAUGCAGGUAGAUAAAAAUUAUCAUGACCCCAAAGGUAAAUGGUAUAGUGAAGAACAUCUGAAGCAAUUAACUGGGAUGUUGAUUGAGAUGAUCGAAGGUAUAAAGAAGAAAUUCCCAAAGUGGACACCAGAGCAACACCUCAAAGGUGGGAUUGCAGCUUAUAACUGUGGCUUAAGCAAAAUCCAAAGUUAUGAACAGAUCGACAAUUGUACUACAGGACAUGACUAUUCUAAUGAUGUCGUUGCCAGAGCCCAGUGGUACAAGAAGAAUGGAUAUUAG